AUGGACCUCGAGGCUGUUCUUACACUCUUUGAUUCUUGUUGGUUCAAUAUCGAAAUCUUCAAUAAACAUUCAAAUCCAACCCCUUUAUCAAAUUACCAGAAAACCCCAGAUGACAAAAUUCAAGAAAAUUCGCCAAAAAGUACUGUAUAUAAUUCACCAAAACUAAACAUUCAAAUAGAGUCACAGAGUGAUGAUUUGAGCUACAAUUCAGAUUGUUUGUCACCAGAUUCAGUUCUCCCAGUAACCCAUUUUCACCCCUUCAGUAAAAAACCGGAAUCAAAGAAAGUAAAGAAUAGAAGAACUAAAAAGGGUCAAAGCAAGAGCUUAUCUGAGCUAGAAUAUGAGGAGCUAAAAGGGUUUAUGGAUCUUGGAUUUGAAUUCUCACAAGAAGAUGUGAAUUCAAGUUUGGUUGAGAUUAUUCCAGGUUUACAGAAAUUGCGCAAAAACAUGGACAGUGAUGAUGAUGAUGAUGAUCAACAAAGUCAAAAAGUGAAUAUUUUUGAGAAAUCUGGUAAGUCAAGAGCCAGGCCUUAUCUUUCUGAAGCAUGGGAAGUUCUUGAAAAGAAGAAGAAAAUGAAUCCAUUGAUGAAUUGGAAAGUACCAGAAACAAGCAAUGAAAUUGAUGUCAAACAUAGUCUUAAAUGGUGGGCUCAUACUGUUGCUUCUACAGUAAAAGCCUAA